AUGCCUCCCACCCAAACGCCCCACCGCACACCCCUACGGCGAGUCUCGCAAGGAUCCCUUUUCCGCCUCUCACGCUCCAACGCCUUCCCCGACGCCCCACACGGCUUGGGCUUCCUCGAGCCCGCCCUUGCCGAGUUCCUCGAUGAGAGCGAGACGCUGCAGAGUAAUGUCGAAGGGAUGAAGCACCUCAGCGAGGCGCUCACAAUGUUCAAUGAAUCCUUUGCGAGUUGGCUGUAUGUGAUGGAUAUGAAUGCGUUGACAACGGAUUGGCCGCAGUUGCCUACUGAUGCGUCGUUUACUUUUGCGAAACGACGGGCAGAACAAGACGCGAUCGCAGCAAUGGAAGCUAUAGCCGCCCAAACCGCGGCCGCCAAAGCCCGCGAACAGCACAUAUCUUCCUCCGUUGCUGCAGCGGACAAGACCAUGGCGACGGACGCAGACAUGACUUUUGCAGGCAACGCCACAGGCGCAUCCUCCAACGCCACCAAAUCAGGUGUGCCGGUGCCGGUGAAGAAAAAGGGUGCGAAGGCGAAGCUUACGGCGAAGGAAAAGAAAGAGCGGAGUCUUGAGAUUGAGAGAGUGGUAGCUUCUCUCCCCUUGGAAUUCCGUGGUAGCGAUCCGUCACUGCGUCGAAACAUGGAAGACGUGAUUGAAGGAAUCAUGUACUGUCCUACGCAGACGGUCAAAUUGCUCGACUUGAUCCGUCCACCGGAUCUCAACCAAGCUAGGGUGAAUAAAUGUCUCAUUGCGCUGGUGAACCGCAAGGUGGUGCAGAAGGAGAACAGCACGGGGACUUCACGACAAAUUGCAGAAAACGACAAUACUACGUCUUACGGGAGAGAUGCCCCUCCUCCGCGUACAUACUGCACCAUUGCUAACCCCGCCACAAUUUUCUCAGAACGCCGCGCACGGUCCUCCACACUUCCAGUUCUUGUUGCAUUGCGAUGCAUCGCUGCACCGGACGUACUGGUAGCUCUGGCUGUAGCUCUGAGUGGUGUAGCACCACUCCGCGCCUUCAACAAUUGGGAACCCGGUGGAACACGCAGCCCAGCAGUAUCCCUUCCAGCACCCACCCCUAGCGGGACUGCAGCGGAAGCUGCACGACGCGCGGCACCCGGCCCACGCGCCCGACUGGCCGUCCUCGUAGCUCCCCGGGUUGAAGUCGCCGCAGUUCUGCAGGCACGUCGACAUGCCCUCGUCGCAUGCCUGCGGGGCCUCGAGCGCACGCGCGAAUUUGGCGGAGCGCAGGCCGAGAGAGCCGGCGACGCUGCCGACGCCGGAUGCAACGUCGCCAACACCUUGCUCUACAGCGCCAAUACCGUUCUCGACGCCGGAUUCGACGCCAGACUCGAUAGCUUGGACGUCACUGCCGCCGCGGAAUUAUGUUAG